UCCCACACCACCUAACUCUCUGGAAAAGAAGACUUUAAUUUGGUGGGCUCACUCCCUCCCCUGUUCUCUCACUCUCUGUCUCUCUCUCUUGUUCGCAUUCCCUCUUUUUUGAACCGAGAGUCCAUCCAUCUACUCCUCCCCCAGUCCCACCGCGUUUUCCCUGAACUACCCAAUUUUUGCUGCGGAAAAAGUCGACAUCUUGUCUUGGUUUCUUGCUCGCUUAUGCCCUCCACUCCUUUGGCACUGCUACUCCGUGUGUGUGUCCACUGUCGAGAGCUCGAGCUUUGAUUUGGUUUCGGCAGUCGCCCAUCAUGGCCUCUGCAUGUUCGCUUCGUAAAGGGGCCUGCUUUUUCCGUCGACUCCGUGUUGCUGGAGACGUGGGAUCAUGGGCAUUUCUCUCCUCUGUCUCAAUGAUUGCCUACUGCUGCUGCUUUUAGAUUUACAGUUUUGGGAGAAAAAGGGUGGUUUUUAAUGGCGUGAUCUGGGCGUCCUUGAGCUUCAGAGAUUCCGGAUUUCGUCCACUUUUCAAGCUCUCUUUUUGGGAGACCUUUUAGCUUUAAUUCUUUCAGCUGGAAUUUGGAGAGCUGGGGACCGUGGAGCGAGGAAUGCAGAAUGCAGAUGAUAUGUUUGAUUAUCUGCCUCUUCUUGGUCAAUGCUCUUGCGCGGUCGGACUUGGAAGCGCUUUUGGAGCUCAAGAAAGGUUUCCAGAGAGACCCCUCAGGGCAAGUUCUUGAUUCAUGGGAUUCCAAGUCCUUGGCCUCUAAUGGUUGUCCGCAGAAUUGGCACGGUGUCACGUGUAGUGAAGGUCAUGUCACAUCACUUGUCCUCGACAAUGUGGGCCUGACUGGAAAAUUCGGCUUUGUUGCUGUUUCUGGUCUCACCAUGCUCCAGAAUUUGUCAGUAUCUAACAACCAAUUGACAGGCAUUGUCUCAGAGAUUAGCUCGGGCUUAGAUCAAUUGAGAUACUUAGAUUUGCACGGUAAUGCAUUUUCCGGGGAUGUCACGAAGCUGCUCUCUGUAUUGGGCGACAUAGAGUACGUCGAUCUGAGCCAUAAUCAGCUCUCCGGUUUGCUUGACCUGGUGCUUGGUAAUUCUAGUUUUGUCUCCUCGAUUCGCUAUCUGAAUGUUAGCUCCAAUGCUUUAGUAGGGGAGCUUUUCUCGCAUGAUGGGAUGCCGUUUUUCGACAGUUUGGAGGUGUUUGAUGCUAGUAACAAUAAGUUGGUGGGUAAAAUACCCUCCUUCAACUUUGUAGUGUCUCUUCGGAUUCUCCGGCUCGGAAACAACCAGUUGUCGGGUUCUUUACCGCAGGCACUGUUACUGGAGAGCUCUAUGAUUUUGGCUGAGCUGGAUCUCAGUGAUAACCAGCUUGAAGGCCCAGUUGGAAGUAUUACCUCUGCAACUCUGAAGAAGCUUAAUUUAUCUUCAAACAGACUGUUGGGCGCAUUACCCAUCAGUGUAGGGCAUUGUGCCACAAUAGACUUGAGCAAUAAUUUUUUCUCAGGCAAUGUGUCACGAAUACAGAGUUGGGGUAACUACGUGGAAGCCAUUCAAUUGAGUUCCAACUCAUUGACAGGAACAUUACCUGUCCAAACUUCUCAAUUUUUGAGACUGACUUCUUUCCAGAUCUCGGGCAACUCAAUUGAGGGCACUCUUCCCCAAGUCUUAGGCACAUAUCCAGAACUGAAAAUAUUAGAUCUUAGCCUCAACCAGCUUAGUGGAUCCCUUCUUCCAAGUUUGUUUAGCUCAACCAAAUUGACUGAUCUUAACUUAUCGGGAAACAACUUCACUGGUUCAAUCCCUCUUAAGGAAAAUUUAGGUAAUUCUUCUGUAGGUUCCACUCAGAACUUCAGCCUUUCGAUUAUUGAUCUGUCAAAUAACUCAUUAAGAGGCUCUCUCCCUCGGGAAAUCGACAGAUUCCACAACUUAGUAUAUCUGGACCUUUCUCGCAACUACUUGGAAGGCGACCUUCCUAAUGAUCUGCCUGAUGAACUUCAAGGAUUUAAUGUUUCUCACAAUAAUUUCUCAGGCACUGUGCCUGAAAACUUGAGAAGAUUUCCUGAUUCAGCAUUCCAUCCAGGAAUCUUGCUCGUUUUUCCUUAUUCACCAAAAUCUCCAGAAGGCCCUCCAGACAGGAUUGAGCGACCUCGGGGACAUCGUUUGAGAACUGCUAUUAAGAUUGCCCUUAUUGCAGGUUUGGUUGGAGGUGCCUGGAUGAUAGCUAUUCUAUGCUUCAUUAUCUCGCGCAGCAGAAAACGAAAGGAAGGUGAAGAUUUGAAAGGAAAUAUUGGGAAAAGUGGCCAUUCUCUGGGCGAUUCUGCAGCCAAUCCUGCGUCAUCUCCCCAAAAGAUAUUGGAGACUCCAUCGUCUUCUGUUACUUUAAAUCCAGAUCAGCUGCCACCUGCUCAGAUGGGCUUUGUACCUCAAACAGAAUCGAAUUCAUCAGUCGCAAAAGCGAGUAAAAAUCUUAGCCAUCCUGAAAGAAAAGAUGAAUGGGUUUCUUCUCCUAUGUCUCUGUUGUCUUCUUCAAAUCCAUCACCUUCUAACAACCAGUAUCUGCCUGAGAGCCCCAGUGUGCUCAGGGUUGGUUCUCCAGAUAAGUUAGAUGGCGACUUGCAUCUAUUUGACGGGUCCUUUAUGUUCACAGCAGGAGAACUUUCGCGUGCUCCUGCAGAAGUCAUGGGAAGGAGUUGUCAUGGAACGUCAUGUAAAGCAACACUUGAUUCGGGCCGGAUUUUGGUUGUCAAAUGGUUGAGGGAGGGGAUAGCAAAAGGAAGGAAAGACUUUGCUAAGGAAGUCAAGAAACUUGGGAGCAUCAAACAUCCAAAUCUAGUUUCUAUACAGGGUUACUACUGGGGACCAAAGGAGCAUGAAAAGCUGAUCAUAUCUAACUAUAUCAAUGCAGCAAGCUUGGACCUUUAUCUUCAAGAGAAGGACCCAAGGAAGCUACCGCCCUUGUCUCUAGAUGCAAGGCUCCGGAUUGCUGUUGAUGUGGCGCGAUGCUUGAACUUCCUCCAUAACGAGAAGGCAAUACCGCACGGCAACCUAAAGUCAACUAACAUCUUGUUAGAAGCUCCAAACUUCAAUGCCGUUGUCACGGACUACAGUCUCCACAGAAUAAUGACGCCGGGUGGUACCACCGAGCAGGUACUAAACUCCGGUGCCCUUGGUUACCGACCACCUGAAUUUGCCAGCUCGAGUAAACCGUGGCCAUCACUGAAGAGUGAUGUCUAUGCAUUCGGGGUCAUAUUGUUGGAGCUUUUGACUGGAAGAAGUUCAGGGGAAAUAAUUUGUGGCGACCCGGGAGUGGUCGACCUGACGGAUUGGGUUAGGUUGAUGGAAGGAAAAGGCCGCAGCAAUGAGUGCUAUGACAUAAGGAUUCUGGAGGCAUAUGACAUGGAGGAGGACUUGCCAAGAUAUCUCUAUGACAUGUUGCAGGUGGCUCUGAGAUGCAUCCUUCCGGCGUCCGACAGGCCAGACAUUAAGACAGUUUUCGAAGAUCUUGCUUCUCUACGGCCAUGAUGGGCAGGGCAAGCAAAUACGACUAGUUCGGCCAUUGAUAUUUCCUGUACUAACCCUCAUUCUUUUCUAUUUUUGGCUUCUUCCACUUAAUCCAUAUUUGAUCCUUGUAUUCAGUUCUUCACUUGAAUAGGGUUAGCAGUUUUAGUUCGGUGCCAAGAGUCUUUCCUUUGGUAUUCUUCGGAGAAAUCAUCAAUAAAGCUGCAUCGAGAUGUAAAGGGGAUGAUUGCCAUUCUUUUGUCAACCGGAAUGUUUCUGCCAAAAAAACAAGAAUCAGGUUCGCACCCGAA